AAAAAGAACGUCUGCUCUCCACACUAGAGACAAACAAAACCACAGAUCAAGCAGCAAUUCAAGACAUACAAGAAAAUAUUGAUCGACUCUCAAAAGAGCUGGAAUUCAGAAGAGCUCAGAGCUAUGCAGUUCCCAUCACUCUGGAUUCGGAUUGCAAACACCCAGAACUCAAACUGUCAGAGGAUCAGAAAAGAGUCUGGCAAGAACCUGCAUCUCCUGAGCUGGAUGCAGCCUCCAGGGCCCUGCUCGUGGUGGGGAAGGAGGGGUUUGUGGCUGGGAGGCAGUAUUGGGAGGUGGAGGUGGGGGAGAAACUGGACUGGGAGCUGGGAGUGCUUAGUGAGUCGGCGAGGGACAGAGUGAAAAGAGAGAAGGCAGAGACACUCCCUGAGGAGGGAUAUUGGUCUCUGAAGAGAUCCCAGGAAGACUUUUUUUCAAGCAUAAAAAAUAAGAUUGAAAAGAAGGAUAUGCCCUAUAAAGUGAUUGGUGUAUUUCUGGAUCAGGAAGAGGGAAGAAUCUCAUUUUAUGAUGCACAACAUAUGUCCCUCAUCACAACUAUCCCUGCAGAGCUUACUAAUACAAUUUCGUAUUACCCAUUCCUCAGUCCCAGGAACAACACAGGCGAGCAGAAACCACUCGCAAUCCACCCCAUCAGAGUCCCUAUUCCUUUAAAGCCUCCAAAAAAGGAAAAAUGAGAUCUAGUUACUUUAGAGAAGUAAAAUUCAAAAGGGAGGGGAGAAAGGAAUGUAAACAUGUGAAACACCAGAAACAUAAAUAAGCAAAGUAGAAACUGAUGAAAAAAUAAAACACAUAAAACGGAAG